CUUAAAUGAAAUAAAGAUAAAAUUCAAAGAGUCUUAUGAAUGUGCUGAAAAAUAUCAUAGGGUCCAAAAGUGUUACAUCAACUAACUUCAAAGCAAUUGUGUGACUGAAGAGUCACUUGGCUGAUUUUAAGUGGCUCAGUUCACUAAUAAUAAAACAGAGUCACACACUCAGGUGUGUUCAAAACAGAGUUGGCAGAGGAAAACUGACAGAGCUGGUAAAAAUUUUACAUGUACUUAGUAGACAGUACUCUGUCCAGUUCUAUAAAGACUUGCUUGUACCAGUGUGAUUUAUUUGAAAUAUAUUGGCUAUCAUCGUGAUCAAAAAUGAGCAAUCAACACUUGUGAAAGUAUAAACAAUUGUAAAACUGUGUAAACCAGGAGCCCUACACCUUAUUGACCACAGAAAUGACUCUAAAUCAGUGAUGAGCUCAGAGCACUGGGAGUGUUCCCCUUUAUAAUGCCUGCAAUAUAGAGUAAAGUGACUGUACUGUGUCACAGCGCCCCCCUCAGGCUCUCUGACACUACUGAAUGACAAUAUGAUUAAACAUAUUUACCCCAACUGCGUCUGUUUAUGGACUUUUACAGCAAAAAAGAUGACAAGAAAGAAGAACCCAAAAAGGAUGAUAAAAAAGAUGACAAGAAAGACGACAAGAAGGAUGACAAGAAGGACGACAAGAAAGACGACAAGAAGGACGACAAGAAAGAUGACAAGAAGGAUGACAAGAAGGACGACAAGAAAGAUGACAAGAAAGAUGACAAGAAGGAUGACAAGAAGGACGACAAGAAGGAUGACAAAAAAGAAGAACCAAAGCAGGUGUGGAUCAUGGACCCUGCCACAGAUACGUACUACUACUGGCUGUUCAUUAUAUCUAUCCCAGUGUUCUACAACCUGAUGUUCCUGGUGGCCAGGGCGUGUUUUAAUGAACUACAGUAUACAAAUUCAACACUGUGGAUGGUUUUGGACUACACCUCAGAUGUCCUCUACUACAUUGACAUUUUUGUGAGAGCCAGGACAGGUUUUCUGGAGCAAGGACUGCUUGUAAAGGAUGAAAAGGUCCUGAAAGAAAAGUACAUGAAAACACGUCAAUUCAGAUUAGAUAUCAUAUCGAUAAUCCCCACUGAUAUUGUAUUCCUCAAAAUUGGAAUCAACAACCCAGAAUGGAGGUUCAAUCGUCUCUUUAGGUUAGCCCGACUCUUUGAAUUUUUUGACCGGACUGAAACCCGAACCAAUUUCCCCAACAUAUUCCGAAUUGCUAAUCUUGUACUUUACAUCAUCAUCAUUAUCCACUGGAAUGGUUGCCUCUACUUUGCUAUCUCCAAGAUACUUGGCUUUGGCUCAGACACCUGGGUGUAUCCAGACAUGAAGAAUCCUGAGUUUGCUCGCCUGGCCAGACAGUACAUCUACUGCUUUUACUGGUCCACUCUUACCUUAACCACUAUUGGUGAGACGCCGCCCCCAGUCCGAGACAUUGAAUACUUUUUUGUCGUAGUUGACUUCCUCACUGGGGUUCUGAUCUUUGCUACAAUUGUCGGCAAUGUUGGUGCCAUGAUUUCCAACAUGAGUGCUGCACGUGUAGAGUUCCAGGCUAAGAUUGACUCUAUCAAGCAGUACAUGCAAUUUCGAAAGGUCACCAAAGACCUGGAGGCAAGGGUGGUGAAGUGGUUUGACUACCUGUGGACAGAGCAGAAAACCUGUGAUGAGAAGCAGGUGCUGAAGAAUCUGCCAGACAAGCUAAAGGCUGAGAUUGCCAUCAAUGUACAUCUGGAGACCUUACAAAAAGUGCGCAUCUUUCAAGACUGUGAAGCAGGUUUGCUUGUUGAGUUGGUCCUCAAGCUUCAGCCUCAGGUUUUCAGUCCUGGUGACUAUAUCUGUAAGAAGGGGGACAUUGGCAGGGAAAUGUAUAUUAUCAAAGAAGGAAAACUGGCUGUAGUAGCAGAUGACGGAGUUACCCAGUUUGUGGUUCUCAGUGAUGGUGCAUACUUCGGAGAAAUCAGCAUCCUGGGCAUCAAGGGCAGCAAGGCAGGUAACAGAAGAACGGCCAAUAUCCGAAGCGUGGGCUACUCUGAUCUGUUUGCCCUGUCCAAAGACGAUCUGAUGGAAGCUCUCACUGAGUAUCCUGAUGCUAAAAAUGCACUGGAGGAGAAGGGAAGGGCCAUCCUGAUGAAAGAUAAUCUCAUAGACGAGUCGCUGGUCUCCGCUACUGAUGCCAAAGAUUUGGAGGAUAAAGUCAACCAGAUUGAAGCCAGUUUGGAGGUCAUGACAACAAAAUUUCGAAAGCUGAACGAACAGUACGAAUCCUCCCAGCGGAAACUCAAACAGCGGCUCAGUAAUAUGUCAAACCAGGUCCGAACCCUCAGAGUAGGCAAUGAGUAGAGCUUGGCUUGGUAGGUGAUGCUGCUGCACGGACGCUUCCAUUUCCUUCUGAGGUCUCUUUGCACACACAAAAUAGCGUCUGAUCAGCUGAGCAUCUGGACAGCCUGUCUCCAGUCAUUGUUUCCAUGUAUGGCAAAAUACUAAGGUUUUUUGUAGAAAAAAAUUGUUAGUGCUGAGCAACAAAAGGUAUCAAAAUGGAAUCAUUUUGGUCUCAGAGCUGAAAUUUAUGUCAUCUUCACACAUGUAAUGAAGUCAUUUGAAUGAUCCCCAGCCCUUGCAAUGCACUUUUGUUAUCAAUUACAACACCAUCUCUUGAGGUUACUUGUUAAUAUAAAAAGUAAUCAGGAAAAUUACACGUACUACCACCACCAUGCCUAAAUGCAGUUUCCCUUUUAAACCACGCUAGCUUUAUUUCACUGUUGUGAAGUCGCUCCACCACCACUUCCCCCACUUUGAUCCUCACUAAAAUAUCUCCACAAAUUUCUAAUAAAUUUGGUACCAAUAUUCAACGUCCCUGGAAGAUGAAUCCUGAUGACUUAAUCUUGACUUUUUAAUCUAGUACCAUCAUCAGGUCAGAGUUUUAAUUUCAUCCAGUGCAAUAUCUCAAAAUCUAUUGAAUGGAAUGAAUUGCCUUGUUAAAGCCACUAACAACUGGUUAACUUCUUUGCUUAACAUACAUGGACAUCUAUUUACAUGUCUCUGUUAUAAAUAUUUGUGUGUAUUCUGCAGAAGUACGUCAGUCAGUCUCUGGUCACAGCUACACUGACAGGAACCUGCUACAAACAGCUGAGCAUGAUGAGACUAAUUUUUAUGACAACAUGGGACUUCAAUCAGGAUUAUAAAUCAAUACAAGUUGGAAAAAAGCAGUCAUCUUUAUUUAGCAUGUUUUCACAACACUGAAUACUUUUAGCCUUUCAUCAGUUUUUAACUUUUAGGGUGUAACUGUUGAGUUAAACCAAUUUAUGAAAACUGCUUCCCUUUCCAAGAUAAGGUUGACCUUUCACCUUUUACCUUCACUAGGCUCUAGAGCCCAGGUGAGCAGCAUCUUCAGCAUUACAAAACAGAGGUACAAAGUAAUGUUAAACAGCUGGAGCCAGAUCUGGGCUCAAUAACAGUUGGAAGAAAAUCCUUAACCGUUUGUUUUAACCUUCUGUGUGAUUGAGGUUUACUAGAAUAUAACAAGCUAUGUUGUUAAUCACAAACAUACAUGCACUGUAGUGCUGUGGUGACUCUGCUACACAGUCCAGUGUAUGCCCACAUUAUCAGGCAUUCCUUGUACUGACCAAAGUGACUCCAAUGAAGGCUAAAACAAGCAGUGAAAGGUGCUCUCCAACAUCAUUUUGCCCAGGUCUGGCUGAAGCCAUGAAGAUGAGAAAAUAAGAACAAUGGAACACAAAGAAUGGCUCAGGGUCGUUGAGUACUGCGGUGGUCUGAGCACCGUGGUUUAGUGGCAUGUUGUGGGCACCAUCACACUCACAGGCUGAGCAGAGUUUCAAAAGAUAUCAGAUAGUCUUGCAUUCACAUCGCUAGGACAGCACCUCAUGGUCUGAGUGAGAAGUCACAGAUUCAACCUCCUGUCAAUCACCAUCACACACCAUGCCAACACAACUGAGUGUAUCAGUGCAAACAAACCUCUCAUGUUGUAUCAUUAGUUCCCUGUGCUGUUGCUUUCAACAAAGAUAGAUUCUGUCUGUUGCAGUCCUGGUUAGAGGAAACAGUUUUGAAUAAACCUUUAAGUCCACUUAGCACUUUUCAGGUUUCAACCACAUCAUGAAUCUGGCUUCCUUGUUAUCACUUGACCUAUGAAAGCAAUGUCAGUCACAUAACAGGUGGUUGUAUAUAUGAGGGAGAAAUGCUAACCCUGUUUCUGAAGUCAGAUGUGUUGAUGACCUUUGACCUCUUCCCAGUGGAUGCAAAGACAGCAGAUGCUGUGUUCAUUCGAUCAAAGUUAAACUGAAACAGCUGGAGAAAGAUCAAGGACGUUCACAUCUGACCCUAAACAGAGAUAGGGGUCUCUUACCACUUGGUAUUUCGUGACUUAAGUUCCAUACAUAGGUCAUGUGAUGACACCUGAGCCGCUACGAGCUGUGGUUGAAAGUCCAGAGAAGCUGGCGAGCAGACUUUAACUCUGCACCAUUUAAAACUGUGAGGAUAGCUUUACAGCAGUGUGCAUGGUUUUUAUGCAGUUUACCCAAAUGAUCUCAACCACUUAUGCAGAAGUAAAACAAGGAGUAAACGUUAAAGGUCCAGUGUGUUUGCAAGUUCUAGUGGAUAUUUUCCAUUUUGUAAACCAUCACAAUGACCAUCAAGUCUACGCUGAUUUUUGUCAGUGUUAAACUGCCUUCGUCUGGUGGUGAAAUCUGAGUAAAGAGUGGAAAGAACGAAUUACAGAAAAAAAAUCUGAUCCCUUAACACACAGCUUGUUUCUGUUUAUACAUGAUUUUAAGUCAAUUUAAAAGGAUAUCACACAUCCUGCAUGGAAAACAUCAAAACAGCGAACUGUUAGAACUGACACUUCAGGUGUGUCCAUUUGUUUUCACUUUUAAAUAAGUGGUUUAAAUAACUUGGUUAAACUGUAGGUUCAUUUAAAACCUGUCUGGGUGUCUGAUGGCUUGUGUUGCUUGCCUUAAUGCACUCUAUCGACAGUGUCCAAAGUAUGAAAUUGAUGAGUUCACAAAAUGAAAAUUACCUUCACAAUUACAGCCCAUUCAACUGAACAAAAAACAAACAAAACAAAAAAAAAAACAGAACUAUUAAAAAAAUACAAAACAUCUGCCUGUUCUGUAGGGGGAUGAUUUCACAGUUGAUAUUCCAAUUGAUGGUGAUAAACAGAAAAGUUCUACUACACACUUUUUGUUAGACUUUUCCAUAGACAGUGGUUACACCUGUUUUCAUUCUCACUGAGUGUCACAGAUCCAAAUCUAAAUCUGAUCACAGUGAUGCAUCCACACAGUACCGUAUCCUCCAGAGUUGGAGAAGACAAUCAAUAUCAGUGUUCUCCCUGCGCGUACAGUACAGAGAUAUGCAAGUCCAGGACGUGAUGAGCCUAGCUUAGACCAAAGGCUGGAAGCGGGCGGGCGGGGGGGGGGCGCAGGUAGCCUUGCCUUUGCGUAUGCAUUAGAAUAGAAUACACAAUGUGAAUGUGACAGCUGUGUUGUUAUUGUUUUUGCCUGCCUCCAGUCUUUGAGCUAGAUGCAGAGGGUAACAUUAAACCUCUCAUUUUUCCUUAUAAACACAUAUCAGAUCAAACCACAGCGUCACACUGUUAAUUCAUGAUGGGAGCAUAUCAGGGGCUUGUGUUAGACUCUGUAACAUCCCUGGAUCGCAGCUUGGACGGAACAAUCACUUUGCUCAGAUUGUGCUUAGAGUGCUGUCCUCACUCACUCGCCCAGCGUCCAAUCAAAACACUUUUGUCGUGUCGUGACGUGUCAGGUUGUGUUUAAAUGACAGGUGUAACCAAAGCCAGAGAUUUAGGUCCAAUGGACUAAAGAUUACAAGAUACCAAAGCUUAUCAGUGACAAUGAAAAGGUCUGUAGACACUUUCUCUAAUACAAACUGCCCUUAACUGUAUGUGUGGAGGUUCAGAUAAACUGGGGGUUACUGAACAGAGACUCUGCAGUAUGAGCUGUCUAUUCGUACAAGACUAAGCCAGAAACAGACAACACAAAGUGCUUACUGGGGUUUUACCUAUCAACUGACUGUAUGGGUUGGCACAAGAAGAGCUCUAUGUCUCUAUCUGAGAACAUCAUCAGUGACUGGUUUACAUGUGUACAUCCUCCAAAACAUGCACAUUAUACGGUAUCAUAGUUCCAACCGCACUGAUAUAUAAAUACUGUUUUUAUUUAGAAUCGUCAACACAGGAAGACAUGGAAAUAAAAUGCUUCAAUCAUGGCAACCUGUGGCCAAAAAACAAACAUUCUGAAAAUGUCUAAGUGCACUUACACAGCUCUGACAAGGUUUUAGUCUAACCUGCGGUGUCGCCCCCCCCCCCUUACCCAGAAAAGGAAAAAAAAAAAAAAAAAGAA